CUUAAGCAACCGCCUUACGCAGUCAAUGGGCUGAGUCUGACCACUUCGGGCAUGGGCUUGCUGCACCCCUCGGUGGGCUAUCCCGCCACCCCCAGGAAACAGCGGCAAGAAAGGACAAUGUUCACCCAGGAGCAGCUGGAGGUGCUGGAGGUGCUGUUUUCCAAGACCUGGUAUCCAGACAUCUUCAUGAGGGAGGAGGUGGUGCUGAAAAUCAACUUGCUGGAGUCCAGGGUGCAGGUUUGGUUUAAGAACCAAAGAGCCAAGUGCCAACAACAGCAGCAACAACAGAAUGGGGGGCAAAACAAAGGGAGACCUGUCAAAAAGAAGAUGUCUCCAGCUCGGAUGAGUUCAGAAAGUGGAGCAAGUGGCCAGUUCACUCCCCCCUCUAGCACCUCCAUCCCUGCCAUUUCCAGCAGCAGUGCUCCCGUGUCUAUCUGGAGCCGAGCUUCCAUCUCCCCACUCUCAGAUCCCUUGUCCACCUCCUCUUCCUGCAUGCAGAGGUCCUACCCCAUGACCUAUACUCAGGCUUCAGGUUAUAGUCAAGGAUAUGCUGGCUCAACCUCCUACUUUGGGGGCAUGGACUGUGGACCUUAUUUGACCCCUAUGCAUCACCAGCUUCCUGGACCAGGGGCCACACUCAGCCCCAUGGGUACCAAUGCUGUCACCAGCCAUCUCAAUCAGUCUCCAGCUUCUCUCUCCACCCAGGGCUAUGGAGCUUCAAGCCUGGGCUUUAAUUCAACCACCAAUUGCUUGGAUUAUAAGGACCAAACAGCCUCCUGGAAGCUUAGCUUCAAUGCUGACUGCUUGGAUUACAAAGACCAGACAUCCUUGUGGAAAUUCCAGGUUUUGUGA